AGGUGCCCAGUGCACACCCAGCCACAGAGAAGUGGGUGACUUAGGAGUAUCCUCUCCACUUCUGAUCCCUAGUUUCGUCCGCGCACAACUUGCUCAAAAUGGGCAACUCACUAAGCAUAUUUUGUUCCUGGUUCCGCCGCAGGUCCCCGCCAUGCCAUUGGCAACCUGCUCGUGUUAUCCGUGAGGCCUUCCCAGCUGGCAGGGCUCACCCUGCGGCUCCUGCACCUAUGCCUGCCUCGAGAACCCUGGGCUAUUCCCGAUUCCUCUUCAACCCUCAGCGACAUCCUGGGCCUUCCUUUCCAGCCAGGUGGGACGGCGCCCCUACGAGGCUGUGUCUUCUCCCUCGGAACAGGGGCACCCCACCGAGGGUCCCGCCUCCUGUGGUCUGGAGCCCCCCCUCAAGGAAGAAACCCGUGCUGUCUGCUCGCAACUCCAUGAUGUUCGGACACUCCAGCCCUGUGAGGAUCCCUCCUCUCAGACGCACGUUUAACCUCCGACUGCCUUCAUUAGAUGAGCAGGUGAUCCCAGCCAGGCUCCCGAAGACAGAGGUGAGGGCAGAAGAGCCCAAAGAAGCAACGGAGGUGAAAGACCAGGUAGAGACGCAGGGGCAGGAGGACAAUAAAAGGGGCCCUUGUAGCAAUGGGGAAGCAGCCUCCACCUCUAGGCCCCUGGAGACUCAGGGAAACCUCACUUUCUCCUGGUGCAGUCCCAGGCCCUUGGACGGAAAUGCCCACCUCAAGAGCUUGACAGAAAAGAACCAGAGUGACAAGGCCCAGGUGCAUGCAGUGAGUUUCUACUCCAAGGGCCAUGGAGUUUCCAGCUCACACAGCCCUGCUGGAGGCGUCCUUCCCUUUGGGAAGCCUGACCCAGCUCCAACAGUGCUCCCUGCCCGAGUUCCAGCAGUGCUCCCGGCCCCAGUUCCGGGCUGCUCCCUGUGGCCAGAGAAGGCAGCCUUGAAGGUGCUGGGUAAAGACCACCUGCCCAGCUCUCCAGGCUUGCUGAUCGCGGGGAAGGACAUGCAGCUCAAAGAUCCUGCAGCCCUUCUUGGAUCAAGUAGCUCUUUUCCACCCAGAGCUGCCGGCCACGGGUCCCGCAAAAGAAAGCUGUCAGGGCCACCACUGCAGCUGCAACCCACCCCUCCCCUGCAACUGAGGUGGGAUAGAAACGAGCGGGCCCCACCUGCUAAGCUUCCCUGCCUAUCUCCUGAGGCACUGUUAGAGCUGGGUCAGGCUUCCCAAAGGGAAGGACGCCUCCAGCUGGGCAACAUCGAUAAGAACAUGGGGGUGUUAAGUAGAACAUCAAAAUCCAGGAGACGAAAACAGCCGCUUGGGAGGAGAAAGAAGAUACGGCAGGGCAGGCGCCGUGGCUCACGCCUAUAA